GGAGACGAGGGGAUCCACACCCACUGCAUCAACGCAUUGCUCCAGCCGACAACAUGGCAGCCGGAUGCAAACCCCAACAGCUUCCUCUUGAGCGCGGCGGAGGUCAGUCGGUUAUGUGACCAGACCCUCGAGGUUCUGAAAUCCCAAGAGAUGGUCCUGCGACUGCGCGCUCCCAUCAAGGUCUACGGGGACAUCCACGGGCAGUUCCUGGACCUGAUGCGGCUUUUCGCCAGGUAUAAAGCCCCGUGGGAUGGAGAAAAUGGUGACAUCGAGUCGAUGGACUAUCUCUUCCUUGGCGAUUACGUGGAUCGCGGUGCCUUCUCGCUGGAGACCGUUUGCCUCCUCUUCUCUCUGAAGGUGAAGUAUCCCAACCAGAUACACUUGAUCCGGGGGAACCAUGAGGACCCGACCAUCAAUGCGAUCUACGGCUUCCGGGACGAGUGUCGGCGCCGCUUGAACGAGGAGCCCGAGGAUCCGGAGUCCUGUUGGAACAAGUUCAACCGGGCCUUCGAAUGGCUGCCGGUUGGAGCCGUGAUUGAAGAUCGGAUCCUCUGCCUUCAUGGAGGCAUCGGUGGUUCGGUGAACAACGUGGCAGAAGUUCGAACCAUGCAAAGGCCCCUGCACGUGGCCCAGAUACCUCAGACGCCGUUUGAGCAACGGAUUACGGACCUACUGUGGAGUGAUCCAUCAGACAAUGACUCGGUUCCCGGAGUGUCUCUCAACGAGACUCGCGACCCGGAUGGAACUGGCCGCAUUGUGAAGUUCGGCCCGGACAGAGUUGAGGAGUUUCUGGAGAAGAACAAGCCUUUGUCGAUGAUCAUCCGAGCACAUGAGUGCGUCAUGGAUGGCUUUGAGCGCUUUGCCAACGGAAAGCUGAUCACCGUGUUCAGUGCCACGGAUUACUGUGGGCACCACAAGAACGCGGGCGCGCUCCUUUUUGUACGGCGCGACCUGACCGUCGUGCCGAAGCUGAUCUACCCUGUCGAGCGCCAGCAGAUGAUGUGGGACCCCGCGGUCAUGCAGCAGAGACCUCCUACGCCCCCUCGACCAGUGCCAAGGGCAAGGAAACUUGGCGAGGACGAGCCUGGCAUAGAUUGGUGA